GACGCGUCUGACUCCCAAUGGCUCUUCAAGUUCCCCCUCCUGGUCCACGCCAACGAAGACACCGGCAUCGUGUCCGUGCGCACACCAAACAGGUAUGUACGCCCCCUUCUGCAGCAUGAACGUUCUUCCCGAAAUCUCCCUGCCAUGCAUCGACGGUGCCUGCAGGAGCCGCUGGCGAAGGACGGUGCCUUCUUCCUCACGGGCGUUGAGGCGGAUGACCACCCGGCCAUGCCGGAGCCCCCGCCGCCUCCCCUCAGCACCGCCGCCCUCAUCAACCGCUACAAGAACAUCUAUUGGGCAAUACAGCCCUCACGAAGCUUCGUCCCUGCUGCCAUGCCGGCCGUCGGUCAUGAUGGGGCAGUCGGUGAAGAGGUGACAUAUGGCGGUCUGAUGGAGGAUGUGGAGGCUCUCAGCCUGGCCCCUGCGCGCAAGAAGAUGGCUGAGUUGCGCGGCAUGAUCUGCGAGACGGACAAGAAGAUGAAGAGACAGAAGUCGGAGCUGCAUUUGCUGAGGGCGGUGAGUGAGCGAGCGGGCAGCGGACGAGACGACGGCAUGCAGCCAGCCUUUCAGGCAUGGUGUCUGUCUGUUCUGUCAGGGUGUGGAGGGCAUGAAGCGAGAUCUGAUAGACAUUGCUGCCGGUGAGGGGGAGGGCGGGGCGGCGAGAGGCCUCGCCGACUCUGACAGAAAGAGAGCACUGCCUCCCACGACAAACAACACGUGAGUAGAGGCGCACAGACAGGCAGGCAGAACCAGCCAUCAUUUCCCGCUUCCCUCCACACACACACACACAUGGAUGCAAUGCAGGUCUUCCUCGGCGCUUGAGCCAUUUUCCCAGUCCGCCCACCAGGUCGCCCGUCCCACUUCACGGGGCGGCUUCUUCCGCUCUGUGCGCACCCUGACAGCCCUGCCGGCACCCGCAGCAAUGCUGGAGGACUACAGCCCAUCUGCAGUGCCGCUGUCGCUGGAGAGGGCGGACAAGCACAAAGCACUUCCAAGCCUGUCUCCAACCAUAGCUACAGGGAAUGGUGAGAAAGAAAGUGCCUGUAUGCCUGUCUACGGUUGAGAGAGUGCCUUCCUUAUUGCGUGUGUCUCGUGCAGUGCACUCAGUGUCGAAGCUGCUGCAUCAAGAUACUGUCGGUGCCAGCCACACCACGAGGUACGUGUGAGUGUAAGGGUGACAUUGAUUGGCUCAUAUAUCUGGCCUGCAUGAUGUCAUGUGGUGUGUGUGCUGUGCGCUCAGACGUGAGCAGCUGAAGGCUGGGGCCAGACGCAGAAGCCUCACAACCACCACCGCUGACACACCCACAGCAUGAUGGAUGGCAACCGUGCCCACUUGGUGCACUCUUGUGUGGACGUGGUGUGUGUGGAAGCAGCCUCCUUGCAGGCGAAAGGGGCUGGGGGGCUGGGGUGGUGUUUCUGUCUGCGGUUGGUUGCUCUUCUCACGUCAGUCAACCUUCACGACUGACUGACCAAUUUAUUUGACGGCAGACAGCCACACAUGCAUGCAUGGUGUCAUGACAGACAGACAGCGUCAGCGUCUAAAUGUGUCUGUCUGUCUCUUCUCGUCCACACCACACCACACCACACGGGACAGACAGAAGGGAAGGAAUGCAUUCGUGCAGUGCUGACUACAUCAAUCCAUCAUGACACCCCCGACCGCAUGUAUGGUGUCUAUCACGACUACAUCAUCUUUCUCUCU